CUUUAGCUGUAGUACAUAUUUUAAUGUACCGUUUAUGGCUUGCUGACAUGUUAUAGAUGAGAGUUAAAUAUAAAAAUGAACAGGUCAGCGGCAUACUUCAAGUUCCUGAUGGGAGCACGAUUGGGUUCCUUUUUGAGAAGCUGAAGCCACUGGUUGGCAAUGACGAUUUUAUUAUUAAAUACGGACUACCUACUGCCAUGAAAAGUAUUGAAAAGAAGCAGAAGGAUCAACUAGUUGAAAGCUUCAAGCUCAAUGGAGAGACACUGACAAUUGUUUCAGUCGAGAAGACCAGAAAUACCGAAGAGGAUACUACUGGUCAUCGUCCUAUGAGGAGAGCUCAGACCACAGGAGGCAGCUCCAGCGAAACAGGAGAAAGCUGUAUAGCUUGGCCAGAGCGUGAAGGGACUCUUGUCUUGAGAGUAAUGCCCAGUGACAAUAGUUGUCUCUUUACUGCAUUUGGUGGUGCUUUACCAGAACAAAUUCCGCCUCAACGACUCAGGCAAAUGAUGGCGGACUAUAUUCAGUCGAACCCAGACAUUUACACCGACGCUGUUCUAGGGAACCCACCUAGCAGAUACUGUGAGCGAAUUCUAAACCCGGAUGCCUGGGGAGGGGGAAUAGAGUUAAGUAUUCUGUCGACGAUAUUUAAUCUCCAAAUCUGCACCUUUGAUGUUCAGACAAAGAACAAUAUUAUUUUCGGCGAAAACAAUUCUCAACGAUGUAUAUUAGUGUAUUCGGGUAUCCAUUACGACAGGAUUGCAUUCAGUUACUCUGACUAUCCUCAUAAGUACGCAAAUUUGCCACCUGAACUAGAUCGGGCCCUGUGGCCCGCAGAUGAUGCCGAUGUUCUCAACAAGGCUAGCAGUUUGGUUGAGAUACUGCAUCAGACUCAUUACUAUACAGAUUUUCAAAGUCUUGUUCUUAAGUGUAAUAUCCCAGGCUGUAACUGGAUAGGAGCUGGGCAACGGGAGGGCCAAAAACAUGCUGACGAAACCGGCCACACAUCAUUAAGCGAGAUUGAAGAUGAUGCUUAGUGUACUUUAUUUGCUAUGAAUCAUCAUUUCAAAAUUUCAACCAACCUUCUGGACUGUAGGGAAUCUAGUUUGCUCAAAGGUAAACUGAGGAACUGAUGUUCGUUAUGCCAAACUUGUUGGCUAGCGGCGAAUGCUGCUGCCAUCUCCGGUGGAGGGGGAGGGUCGCUGAUUUUGGUGACCAGGUAUGCAGUAGACGCCUCAGCAACACCAUAAAUGAGCACUCCUACCAGAGGUAUUUUAGUAAGAAAAUAAUAACCCAAGCCGAAACCCAGGAGAACGCCUUCUCGACUUCGGAACCAAUGUUUCUUUUCCUUAGUUGUAAAACCCACACGUGAUAGAUAGGGCACUAAGAGCUCAUGCAUCAAACUCCUAGAUGAGAAGUAUGUUUGCAGAGUGAUGAUGAGAUAUCUUUUGGGUACAACGAGACUGACGGCGAAGACCAAUAUUGCUGGACCGUAACCGGCGGCCUUUUUGAAGGUCCAGAAGCCAGCAGCUGGCAAGACGAGGCGACCGAGAAUCGGGAUAAAUGAUAGGCCAUAUAUGACAAUGGACGUGGUAGCGCGUUUGCCGAAACGAGACAGAAAAGAGCCCAUCGAAGGUUGACUUGCGGAUGCCGAACCCUGCUGGUGCCGGGAUUUGCUGUACAUUGACAAGUUCGGGUAAUAUAACGCACGGAGGGCGUUCUGAUCGUCAAGCUUGUGCUUUUGUAAAUAUGUUUGGUCUACCCACUGCAGAGAUUGCAUGAAGCUAGAGACAAUACUUGUUAGCUG